UGAGCCUAAUUACGUGCCCUACUAGUAGACUGUGAGAUAACUUGGGAAAAUCAAAACCCAGUUGAAUUUCAAGCAAUGGAAGGGAUUGAAAGAAGGGAAAUCUAUCACGAAAGACAGAGAUUGCAGUUCUGCUUGUUACAUUCCCUUAACAAUCUAUUCCAAGACAAAAAUGCAUUCACUAGAGAAGAACUGAAUGCUAUUGCUGAGAGGCUGGUCCUCAAUGAUCCAAACACAUUUUCAAUAUCAGGAAGUUGGAAAACGCCACUUUCAGUCAUUUUGAAGCCUCAUUACAAUCCUUUAACUGGGAAUUAUGACAUAAAUGUUCUAAUUACAGCAUUGGAAGGUAUGGGGAAAAGUGUAGUCUGGCAUGAUAGAAGGAACAAAGCAGCUUCAAUUGAUCUUGAUGACCCAGAAGGCAGAUUAAUGGGUAUUGUGGUUAAUAUUGCUGUCAGGAAAUUUGGUGGGCUUUGGAAAAGUAGACAUUGGUUUGCAAUAAAAAAGAUUGAUGGGUUUUGGUAUAAUCUUGAUAGUGAUCUUUCUAUGCCGCUUAUGUUUAGGGAUAUUGUAGAAGUAAGGGAGUUCUUGGAUGCCAUGAUUGCUGCUGGAUCAGAAGUUCUGCUCAUUGUCAACUGACUUCGUUCUUUAUUGUUGCUUCUUCUUUGUGAUUUAUGUUUUUCUUGUGAGUUAUUCUUAUGUGGAUUACAGGGAUACUUCAAUAGGAUGGAUAUGUGUGUGAUCAUAACCAAUAAGUAAAGAAGUUAUAGAUGUUUUUUAGUAUAUCGAUGUUAUGAAUAAGAUCUUUGGCUUUUACAAACUUUGAUUGUUUCUUCUUUGGUUCAAAAUAGACAAAAACAUUGCAAGGAUGACUUCUAUGAAUCAGUUGGCUCGUAA